UUCGGAAAUUGUUUCAAGGUUUUGAGAUAUUUAGUUUAUAAUCGUUAUCUGUUUUUGAUCGUAAAUAAAUCAGGGUUAAGAAAUACUGCAAUAUUUGACCUAAAUUAUUUUGCGUUAAAUAUGGAAGUUUAUUGUGCAUAUAUAACCAUAAAUAUCAGCAGGAAUUUUAAAGUGUAUAAAUAUAAAUAAAUAAUAUCAAUAAGAAUAAAAGACAGACAGUGCUUCUUCCAAUAAUGUUAUGGAUAUGAAUAUUAAAAUUAUGUCAAAAUGAAUACAGUGAAGUGGUUGUCAGACUGAUACAGUUUUUGCGUGACACAGCUUAAACAAAGUCAGAACUUAUGACUGAAUUCUGAUUGUCAUAUUAAUUCAAUGGGCAGGAAAAGGAGAAAAAGAUCAGGAUCAGGGGUAGAGACAGACACCCCUUCAGAGGCAGUUGAAGACAGCAGUGGGACAGAGUCCGGAAAGAAAAUCCGUUGUAAAAAAUCUCCUGGUGCCAAAGUUACCAAACUUCCAUCUUGUAGUUUACCAACAAAUAUGACACCUACAUUCUAUGUUGGAGGUGGUAACGGUGUUUCUCUAGUUGAAGCUCCAUUAGUAAGUCUUGGAUGGAAGAGAAUAACAGACAAAUUUGACGAAAGGUUCAAGUUAAAAUGGGUUGAGUGCAAAACUAGAAUCAAUUACGGUGCUUUCAGGGAAGGUGACCAAUUAGUAAAUCACCUACCCAACUCUCAUCUGCUCACAAACAAACUUGGUCUGCUCAACAGUUUGAAGGAGUAUGAGCGGGUAACUCUUAGUACAAAAGGGAGGUUACCAAGGUUGAGAAUGUCAGACUUUCAUCCAGAGACAUAUAAACUUGAUGAGAAAUCAGACAGAGACUUGUUUCUAGAAGUUUAUAAAGACAAUGAGAUGUGGAUAUGUAAGCCUGUAGGUAUGAACCAAGGCAAAGGAAUAUUCUUGAUACGUAAUCGUGAAGCCAUUAACCAGCUCCUGGAAGAACGAGAGCAGAAAAAACAACAACCUCAAAAACCUGGCCGACCUCUCAUGAACAGAAUUGUUCAAAGAUAUAUUACAAAUCCGUUGUUGCUAGAAGGCCGUAAGUUUGACGUACGAGCCUAUAUGCUGGUUGCUUCAACCGUACCUUUCUUGAUUCUAUAUCAUAAAGGAUAUGUGAGGUUAUGUUGCCAUAAAUACGAGGCAGAUAACAUUGACCUUGGUGUACACCUCACUAAUCAGUUUGUACAGAAGAAGGACCCUAACUACAAAGACUUGAAGGAGAAUACUGCAUGGACUAUGGACAAGUUCAAUGAGUACAUUAACGAGAGUGUUCGACCAACCUGCCCUGUAGAAAUUGAAGAAGACUGGGUCUAUAAUACUUUUACAAAACAGAUGCAGAAAAUUAUGAUACAUUGUUUUAACAGUGUAAAACACAAGUUACAGUCACGCAUUGGAUAUUUUGAUUUGUUUGGCCUAGAUUUUAUGGUCGACACAGAUAUGAAGGUCCAUUUAAUUGAAGUUAACACGAAUCCAGCUCUACAUUGUAACUGCGAGGCCCUAAAAGAGGUUAUACCGGGGGUUGUCGAGGAGACGCUAUAUGUGGCUAUUGAAUGUUUUGAGAAAAGCAAGAAGAACCAGCCUUUAAUGCCACUGCAGAGUUUGAAAAAUUUCACAAUAUUGUAUUGUGGUACACGUCCAAACACCAUCAUUCCCCGCCAGAGUCGGAGUGUGUCACCAGUCAAAGAAAAUAACACUGCCGAAAAACAAAAACCUGCCUCUCUGGGCUCCCUAAGGCGUGCAUCUUCUCCAACACGUCAGGGUCAGCGCUCAUUGACUCAAAGUACACCCCUCUAUGCAGCAAGUCAGAGACGAAAUUCAGAGAAAAAUGACUCUUUAUCAAAUUCUGCCACUUCUAAUAAAGAAAGUGCAGCCAAUUCACAGACCCUAUCAUCUGCAUCAUCAAAAAGUGGAAAGUCCAGUUCAAGUACAAAAACUUCUGCAAAAUCUAACCCACAAAAUGAAAAAGAUACAGGAGAAAGUACUGGGGCAAAUAAUGUAGAACGCGGUAAUGGUGAAACUGAACUAGACACUAAGGAAAGUGAAGAAAAAGAACCUACAAAGACUGAGUCUAAAAAAGAAAAAGUUGGGACUGUAGUGGUGGAUACUUUGUCUAAAACUACUGACAGUUUGAAUGAGGCAACAUCGGCCCUUGGUCGUCUGUCUCUUUCAUUAAACCAAGGUGGACUUACAGAUUCUUUGCUAGAAGAAGUCAGAUUAAAAAUGACACAUGCAGAAAAUUUAAAUAGUGCCACCAAGCCGAAUUCAGCUCGAUCUACAAGAGAACGAGAAAAUUUAGAGCGUGGAAACUGAUUGUUAUUUAGAAUCUAAAUCAAGUAUUCUUUGUAUAAUCUUUUGCUGUUUUAGUCAGAGAGGUCAUUUCGCCAUGUCAGAUUAAUAACAUUGUUUCUGUAUCAUCAAGUUCAAAUAAUUUCAGUACUAUUUCUUUGUAGCUCUACUGAGCACAAAGUGCUCAAGAUGAGCUAUUGUGAUUGUUCUGUUUCUGUCAUCAUGCAUCCUGCAAAGUGUGUUGUAAAAUUUCAGAAAUGUACUUCAUGUAAUGCUUAAAGAUAAAGAAAAAACCAACUAACGUUGGAAGAUUAGUUUAGUGUCGAAGGUUUGUCAGUAUAAACCAUGGCAAACAUCAAGUCUGGUCAUCUUGGAUCUAAAUUGGGUCACUUUACUAAAAUUUGGAAAAAACUUUGUAAACAUUCCAAUGCUGUAUUUUGUAUCUGAUAUUCAUGAAACCUUGUAAGAAAAUUUGUUUCUAUAAAAUACAGAUCGAAUUCGAAACUCGAUCAUCUAGGAAUAAAAGCUAGUUCAGGUCAUAGAAAAACUUUGUUAACAUUCCAGAAGCCAUAUUUUCUACCUGAUACGAUUCAUAAAAAUGGCCAAAAAUUAACCGACAAUAUUUUCAAAGGACUGCGGUGAGAUUUAACUAUCUUCCUGCAGGUGGGUGGAGAGUAUGCUUGAAAGAGUUAAGCCAAUGUAGAAAUGUUAGGUUUUCAGACCUGUAAGGCAAUUUUUUUGUUCAAGGAUUUCUUCUUUUGUCUAGUUUGCUAUUUAAUAUUUUGAAAACACAAUUGAUGGAUUAUAAUGCUGUAAUAAGUUCGUAGGAUCUGUCAGCUUUGUCAUACUAUAGCUUAAUUUACUUUCUGUGAAAUCAUUAAUAUUUGGGGAUGGGGAGAGGUGCUUAUUUUCAUGGAUUUCGUGAUUGCAUCAAUCUACAAAUAUCAACAAAUUCAUAUUCUAGACGAAAACCAUGAAAUAUUUAUGUCAACGAAAAUUAAAAUGAUUUCACAGUAGACUAUAGUCACUGUUGUUUAAGUAUCAUUUUCAUUGGCAUGUUCAGUUUUUUUUGUCGUAAUUUAUGGUGAAUUCAUGAGAGAUGUUGCAAUUUCACGUGUACGCAUACGUGCAGUACUUUCCUAUACAUUACAGUAAACGUCCGCUAUGAUUUUAUUAAAUAAUAGAUGCCUUCACGUAUUUUAUCAUCUGAUUUACCAUGCUUCGAAUUCGGGUAAGCAGGAAUUGGCGCACUAACCCAAAUGGCUAAAUAUUAUCAAGCAUCAGAAUGAUUAUUGUAAAUCAGACAAUAAAGCACAAGAAGGCAUUGUUUAUUUUCAUUCUAAAAUGCUAAUUAAAGCAUGAUGAUAAGAAUUAUACUGAAAUUCAUUCAUCCUUAAAGUAAUGAAUCUGGCACCUAAUUGACGUCAUAAUGGUCUCUUACUGGUCCACACGUCUACCAUUGUUAAUCAAGGAACACGCAACUUCUUUGUUUAACUGAUAAACAAAAUCAAACAGAGCUUGCUUUACAGGGUCAGUGAGAAUAGCUUGCAAUGACAUCAGACUCUUAUUGUUAUAUAUAAGAAUUUACUACACUUAUACAUCGAGGGCUGAGCACGACGCUAUUGUAACUGUAUAUGAAAAGAGAACUAGGUACAAUAGUUUCGCACUCAGCCCUCGAAAUAUAGAUACAACCAGGAAGGUCUAAUACGUAUCAGUUGUUCCAGAUACAACAUGUCACAGUAAACUAUGAUGGUAUUACAUCUAUAUAAUAAUGCCUGUGUAAUUUACUGUCUUGUGUCAAGUUGUGGUUGAGUUGCUCCUUUCUGCUGUGUGAAUCUAAGAGAAUCUUUUAAAGAACGCCUUUGUAAUAGCGAAACGCCUUUAAACUUUUUUUUUUUAAAAAUUUACACCUUGAACUGUUACAGCUGGUAUUUGAAAUUUGAAAUUUACAUCAAACAAGCAAACAUUAAAUAAGAUAGUGUCAGGAUUAUAAAUGAAUCAUAACUACAUUCAUUGGUCGAUUCAUGCUAUUAUUCACCCCCAUGUAUACUGUAUUGCCCAGCAUCUCAAGCUGUGUCACAAGUUUAAUUGCUUUAUAUGGUCAUAAUUCAUCAGACAGUAACGCAGGUAUUAAAAAAGUUAGUAUUAAGCAUUCAACCAUAUGCUAAUGAAUGUAACAAGUAGUUUAGCAAACAUGU